AUGAGUCAACCGCAGCGGCGCGAUGACGGCGCCAGACCAACGUCAACGACCGUCUCCUCUACUACCACCACCCAUGGCCCGACCAUAACAACGACAACUUACAGCGGUACCGGCCCUCGAACGACUGUCACAACGAACGCUCCGCAUCCGUCCACGAUCGUAUCCCCAACCGUGACGACUACGCAUCGGACACCCUACCAGCAAACGCCUCGAACUUUUGGUCCAUCGCAAGCACCGCAGGCAUCGCAGGCAUCGCAGGCAUCGCGAAUCGAGCGACAGCCUUCAAUUCGCAUUCGUCAUGCGGGAUCAGAUCAAAAUUUGCAGGGCGACCAUGUGGAAGCGCAGGAAAAUCGUAGGCGCAGCUUUUCCGAGCCGGACAGACCACAGCCAGCACUCCUGAAGGAGAUAGACGACUUGGAAAUCCGGCGACAUGCAUCAGCCACGCCAGGGCCGUUGCAGACGCUUCAUGAGGAGGGCUCGGGAUACUCAGUGCCACAAGUCGGCUACUAUACGCCAGCAGCAGUACCGGAAAGAAACCCUCGACGACCAGGAUUCGGUAGGCAGGCAUCUGCCAUCAAUCUGCGCCACGCGCGCAAUCUACCGGUUGGCGAAUAUGACACUGAUGUGGUGGACCUGCUUGAUGUUAUAGAUCCCGAAGUGUCGACGCUCACAACUCUCAACAACGUUCAGAACUCAUUAUUCAUACCCAACUUCGGACGAUUCUACAACCGUCGGCCUACAUAUGAGCUCUCGCAAUCUCAAUCCACGAGCGACGAAGAAAUGGCAGAGACACAACCAGCUGGGCAGCAGCAUGCGGAGGAAGAGAACAUUAUUGAGAAAGAGACACAAGAAUCCACUGGACAUCUGCGUCCGCCUGAAGCGGGCCGGCUAACGAGGACAAACACCAUUUCUUCGGUCCUUACUAGCGUUUCCGAAGGUCAUAAUUAUGCUGUGCUUCCACAUGGUGCGUCACUACCAGGAUGGACAGCGGAGGAGAAGGCGUUGCUCAACGAUCGUGUGCGCCAUCUGUUACACUCUCGACGAGCAAGAUUCCGGCGUAGUAUGCGCGGAUUCGGGAGAUACGUGCGCCAGCCGGUUGGGUUCCUCAUCACCUUGUACGCCUUUCUUUUGACCUUCUGGGGCGCUGCCUGGGUCCUUUUCCUCAUCGGUUGGAUUAGUGUUCGUGGUCGACAAGCGUAUUUCAUCGAGAUAUGUGACCAGAUUCUCACAGCGCUGUUCUGUGUGGUUGGUAUCGGUCUGGCGCCUUGGAGGGCAGUUGACACUUAUCACAUGGCGUAUGUGGCCAAAUACGCGCACAAGACAUGGAGACUAAGGAAAGAGCGUGGGCUUCCUGCACUGAGAAACCAUAACGAGCUCCCGACGCUUCCAGACACACCUGCAUGGGAGGUUGACCAAGACCACGACGGCGAAGCCGAACAACCUGUUCUCACGACUGCCGAGCAGCAAAAGCUAGAACAUCAUCAAAACAAGCUCGCCAACUCACACACGUUUUACAAGCCUCACGAAACCACCACGCAUCACGCCUUCUCUGUUCGCCUCCUCAUAGCUAUUGUCGUGCUCCUGGACUGCCACUCCUUAUUUCAAAUGGCUCUAGGCGGCACCACAUGGGGCAUAUACUACAAGGAGCGUCCUAAAGCUCUCACGGCGGUCAUCCUGACGUGCAGUAUUAGCUGCAACAUCUCGGCUGGAAUUACCAUCAGCGUGGGAGAUAAACGCAGCCGGAAGAAGCUCAUUGUAGAGCAGAUGUUCCGACAAGGGUUGACGGAGGAAGCAUUGCACGCAUUGAGAAAGGAGCGAGGAUUAGUGGCAGAUGGCAUUAAGAGGAAGGCCUCGAAGAAGGCAAAGGGCAAGAAGAAGAGCGAGGUGAUCGCCGAAGUGAACUGA